AUGUCCUUGGCUCCAAAUGAUGUUCAUCAAAACCAAAUACAGUUUGCCCUAGAGAGAGGCAUUCCUGCCUAUCUUGGUGUUCUUGGGACUAAGAGGCUUCCAUAUCCGAGCAGAUCUUUCGAGUUCUCCCAUUGUUCCCAUUGUAGAAUCGAUUGGCUUCAGAGGGAUGGUAUUCUUCCUCUUGAACUCGAUAGGGUACUCAGACCAGGAGGUUAUUUGCAUAUUCAUCACCCGAGGCAUAUGCACAAGAUGAAGAAUAUCUUAGAAUAUGGAGAGAAAUGA